AUGGAGUUUGUUUACUUUUCCCUGAAACUCAGACACUACCCGUCUGUGGGGCAGAUUGAUGUCAUCAUAGACGUGGACAUAAAAGCAGAAGUCAAAAUUGUGGACUUCUUCGCGGGGAUCGUCCAUAUCAAACUUCAGGUGUGCAAGACUGAAUUCAAAGUCGCCAGGAUAAUCUGCCCUUCACACUUGUUGGUGAGAAAGGUGGAGCCCGUGGUAACGACCAUCCUUGCAGCAUCACUCCACAAGUCGCUGUGCACAGUGGUGGAGCUGGUCAUUGAUGUGGCAAGGGUCGAUUUUCUGCAUACAACGAAUGUACUUGUCUCAGUUGGAACAGUGGCAACUAUCCAAUAUCAGCUGGCCAGUCUGCCAGUGAUAACGUCAAGCUACUUCGCAGUGGAAUUAAAUAUGAUAAUCCGAGCCGGAGGACGAUUCAUCACCGUUCCUGUCAGCUCGGUUCCUGUUGGUGUACCUUCUCUGCUGGACAAUGCCCUCAGCCUGGGCAUAACCCAGGCCAGCCUGAACACCAUCCUUUCUGUUGUGAUCCAGAUCCAUGUGCAAGAAUUCAUUUGCACACCUCAAGUGUUCUCUGCUGCUGAUGAGCUGACAGAUGCCAUUGCAGUUCUUCUGUCACAUCAAAAGUGCCCCAAGUGUCCUGGGAAGUCACCUCUGAAAAUCAGCAUCACUUUGGUUGGAGCCAAGAGGGUUAUCUUGGAGCCCAAGAGGGCCAUCCUGGAGCUUUCCGUCGAGAUUGGGGUGUCAGUGAAGGGUCCAUCUGGGGCCCUCAUUCGCCUCUUUGUCCUAAAAGCUAAUUUAAAACUGAGCACCCAGGCCUCCGUUCAUGAUCGCAAACUGUUCUUCACUACAAAGCUGGUCAGUCUUGAACUGACCCUGGUUUCAUCAGAAGUUGGACCGAUUGAAGUGAGUUUGUUUUCUUUUCUUUUGCUCAGUGGUUAUCUGAUUGGAUUUUGA